UCUCCUUUCUCUGCUGCCUUUUAGCAGCACCAGUCCUUAUUAACUUAUGUAUGAUGCAACCAAUUGUCACAGUUACUUUGCCGUUACUCUUAUUUUUUUCUCUUCUUUCGUCCAUCCAUGCCUACGUAGCUGAUCAAGAAAGGUAUUUCUUUUGUGAUGGCACCGGUAAUGACACUACCAGGAGCAUCUUUGGGCAAAAUGUAAACACCACUUUAAGUUCACUUGCUGCAAAUGCUUCUUUAAAUGGCUUCUAUACUACCACAGUCGGCCAGGACUUGGAUAAGGUUUAUGGACUUGUUCAGUGCAGAGGUGAUGUCUCCAAAGAGGAUUGCCAAGCUUGUGUAGAUACCGCAGCUAAAGAAAUCAGCCAGUUCUGUCCCAACAAGACAGAAGCUAUGAUAGGCUAUAACAAUUGUUCAUUGCGGUACUCGGACUGGCAUUUCUUUUCAACCGCCAGUAACUCUCCGAUAAUCCCUUUUUAUAAUACAAGGAAUGUAACUGACCCAGAUCUUUUUGAUCGUCAGCUGGCAGAUUUGUUUAGAAACCUCUCAUCCACUGCUGCAAACACUACUUCAAAAUUUGCUGUUGGUAGCACUAGUUACUCAGAUUUCAGUGAUAUAUAUGGUAUGGUACAGUGUACCAGAGAUUUAGCAGAAAAUAGCUGCUCGAGUUGCCUCCAAGCAAUUAUCGGUUAUAUACCACAGUGCUGUAAUCAAAGGCAAGGUGCUCGGAUAUUCACAAUGAGUUGCAACCUUCGAUUUGAGUUAUAUACUUUCUUUCAGGCAUCAUCACCACCAACUUCUCAACUACUGCCUCCACCACCUCCUCCUAUUGAGCCCAAAUCAAGUCCUGGUUCAACAACGAAUUCAACCAGUUCUCAAGGGAAGCAAAACACUUCCAAAGCCAUGGUUAUUGUUGCAGUUACAUCUUUGGGAAGCGUUGCGUUGCUGGUGAUACUUAUAAUCUGUGGUUGCUUCUUUUGGAGAAAGGCCAAGAAAAGAGCAGCUGAUGAUCAUGACGAUUAUGAGACAAACAUGGAAUCUCUCGUGAUUGGACUUGAUACCCUUAAGGAUGCAACAAGGAAUUUCUCUGAUGAAUAUAAACUUGGACAGGGUGGUUUCGGUCCAGUUUACAAGGGAACAUUGCUUGAUGGAAGAGAAAUCGCGGUGAAAAGGCUGUCAAGCAACUCGAGGCAAGGUCUAGAAGAGCUGAAAACGGAAGUAAUGUUGGUUGCUAAACUGCUGCAUCGCAACCUGGUAAAGCUGUUGGGCUUUUGUUUAGAAGAAGAAGAGAAGCUUCUUGUCUAUGAAUACCUGCCGAAUGGAAGCUUGGACAAAACUUUAUUCGAUCAGAGCAAAAGGUUCAGCCUGGAAUGGGAAAGACGACACAAAAUUAUUGUUGGGAUUGCAAGAGGGCUACUUUAUCUGCAUGAAGAUUCUCAGCUCAGGAUUAUUCACCGGGAUCUGAAAACUAGCAAUAUUUUGUUAGAUGAGCACAUGAAUCCCAAAAUAUCUGAUUUCGGUUUAGCAAAACUCUUUGGUGAAAGCCAGACUCAAGGCAAUACAAAUCGGAUUGCUGGAACAUAUGGGUACAUGGCACCGGAGUAUGCUAAGAAUGGACACUUUUCAACCAAGUCUGAUGUCUAUAGCUUUGGCAUCUUGGUUCUAGAAAUAGUAACAGGUCGAAAGAACUCUACUUUCCGCAGUUCAAUAAACCUUCAAAGUCACGCUUGGUUACAUUGGACCAAUGGAACAACUCUAGAGCUAUUGGAUCCAGUCCUCAGCGAUCAGUGGCCGAAGUUUGAAGUUAUGAAGUGUGUUCACAUCGGAUUGUUAUGUGUUCAGGAAGCUGCAGCUGAUAGACCAACAAUGUCCGAGAUUGUUAUGAUGCUUAGUAGUUACUCUAUAACAGCUCCAGCGCCUUCCCGACCUGCAUUUUUUGUGUCGAAUGAAAAUCGGACAACCCAUUCAGCUGUACACUCUGAUUCAUCUCAAUCCGCAGAUUCUAAUCCAGAUUUAAGACAACAAUCUGUCAAUGAGGUUACGAUCAGCGAAUUACAUCCUCGCUGA